AUCAUAGCAUCACAAUCUCAGGACUCAUCAACGUAGUCACAACACUCAUCAUACAACAUGGUUGCGAAGUUCGUUGUCCUUUUCGCUCUGGUGGCAGCUGUCAGUGCCGACCAUUCAAGCUUCUCGUACGGUGUAGCCGAUCCUUACACUGGUGACUUCAAGAGUCAGGUGGAGAGCCGCGCUGGAGACAAUGUGCAGGGACAGUACUCUCUAUUGGAAUCCGAUGGAACUCGCCGCACCGUGGACUACGCUGCUGGUGCUGAAGGCUUCAACGCUGUUGUGAGGAAGGACCCUGCUCUGUUCGCCUCUCUGCCCUAUGCCUACAGUUCCGCAUAUGGAUACCCUGCUGCCUACCCAUACGGCAGAUUCGGUGCCUUGGCCUACUCUUACCCCUACGGACGCUUCUACUAAAUAACGACGAUAUGCUUCAAGGAUAAAGUACAAGACUAAAUUCAUAAUCAUAUUUUUAUACCGCCAUAUAUUAAAAACUAUGUAAAUAUUGUACAUAAUAAAACCAUCUA